AUGACUCCGGCGGCGGCUGCGGCGGCGACGACCACAACGACGACGACGAAUAAUUACACGGCGGGUCAGUUUGGAGAUACAACUUACACAAAAGUGUUUGUUGGUGGGUUGGCUUGGGAAACCCAGAAAGAUACCAUGAAGACUUACUUUGAACAGUUUGGUGAGAUCUUGGAGGCUGUUGUCAUCACUGAUAAGACCACUGGCAGAUCUAAAGGCUAUGGCUUUGUAACUUUCCGGGAAGCCGAUGCAGCGAUGAGGGCAUGUGUUGAUGCAGCUCCGGUGAUCGACGGAAGGAGGGCCAACUGCAAUCUUGCUUCUUUGGGUGUUCAAAGAUCCAAACCCUCAACCCCUAACAAACUUGGUGGAGGAAGGACCAUUAGGGUUAUGGGUGGUUAUGGAGGAGGGUAUCAUCAUCACAAUCAUAACCAUCAUCAAGCUGGUGGUGCAGGUGGAAUGGGAACAACAGCUUUCCCUUCUGCUACAGCCUUCCCUCAUUAUGCCAUCCACCAAGGCAUCCCUUUCCCUGCUACUAAUCUUUAUGGAUACUCUCCCUAUUCUCCAGAUUACACCUAUCCAACGAGUUACUAUAAUGUAUAUGGAGGUACAAAUGGGCAGUAUCCAUUCUAUGGAACAAGUGUUGGUGCAGCUGGUGGUGGGAUGAUCACAGCUGCCGGUGCCGCCGCUGCAGCCGCCGCCUUCUACCCGUAUCUGAACAUGGCGGAGGGCGGUCACGGGAACUACACUACCGGUCAGAGUUACGGUGUGUACCCACACCAUCUCUACCAGUACUCCGCCGUGAACUCUUCCGCUGGUUACCCACAACAGUAUGGAACUCCGAUAUCGCUUGCAGCGACUACGCCAUUGCAACCAGCAGGCGUGAACAUGGUUCUGCAAUCACCAGCUGCUCAUCAUUAAGAGAUUCAUGAACUGUGCAUUGAUAUAUAUCAAACCCACAUGCAUGCCUACUUCCCCUUCAAUUCCCUUCUCAGAAUCUUUUCCAUUCUGAAAAAAAAAAGACCUUUGGCCCAACCAUGGUUAAGUUACCUCUUUCAUUCUCUCUCUCUCUCUCUCUCUCUCAAUCUCUCCCAUGGAGGUCCUAAAAUCAGGGCCAUCCAAGGCAUGGAAAGAAACCCCCCAUAGGGGUUACAUCCAAAUUUGGAGGACAUUUUCCCAUCUUCUCUUAAAAGGGCAGGGUCCCCUACAAAGAGAAGAAGGAACCCCACAAAGCAUAUGCAUGUGCAUCUCACCAACUCAUGGCUAUGAAAAACAGCUUCAUUGAGUUGGGGAAAAUCUCAUAUAAUUCUUUGGCUUCUGGAAAAAAGCCAACAGAUUAUAUAUUAAGACAUCAUAUCAUUCAAAAUCCAGCUCAUUUUGUAGCCCUGCAAUGGCUGUCCAAAGAGAGUUUGUAAAUGGCUUCAAGUUUCAAAAAGAUGUCUGGUUUAGAUAAUAUAUAUACAUAUAGACUACUUUUAAUCAUGUGGGCAUUGGAAUGUGCCCUAAGUUUUUGGUCUUUUUUAACUUGAACCCUAGUCUUAGAUUUUUAAAAACUUGGCUAGUAAGUUUCUGUUAAAACUUUUUCCAUUUUUCAUCAACAUGUAGUUUUCGGAAAAAACCCUUUUCGUUUCGUUUCUCAAAAAAUCCAGCAUCCGUUCUUAGGGUAAGAACGGAUACUGGCUUCUUUUUUCUUUCAUAAUUUCUCUGUAAAUUUACUUUGGCUAAACUUCGGGAGUUUUAGCCAUGUAACUAAAUAACAUUAAGCCAUAGUUGUAGUGCAUUUAGGUCUUUUUUCGUACCGACUUUUUUAGGUAGGUAUCAUGAGCUCCGUUGAUGGAAACGGAGCUCGAAAUGCAUCGGAAAGUAAACCGUGAGAGAUAUUUUCAAUCUUUCGGUUUACGAUCUCUAACACAUCAACCAUGGUUAGGACUAAGGUCAUCUUUUCCCUUCUUUCUCUCUCUCUCUCCUCUCUCUCUCCUCUCUCUCUUGAACUCAAGUCUACUUUGAGACUGAAUCUUGGUACUCUUUUUAUAAUAUGUAAUCAUGAUCUAAGGUUUGAACUUCGGAUUGUAACUAGCAAUUAAUGCUGCUUAAUUACAUGACUCAUCCUCAAUCAAUGGUGAUUGAGAUGAGUCUCUACUUACUCCUUUUA